AGCCAACGCUUAUCGCCCUCGUUUUGCCCUUUCUUCACCAUUGCCCGAUUGAACCCAAAAAGGUACAUAAGGUACAUAUAAUCUUGGCGUUUGCUACCUUACAAACGCUCUCAUCAAAAAAACAAAAAAAACACCAAAGGAUCUAAAAAGAAAAUCGACUUGCUUAAUUUUUUUUGGGACAAUGGCAUUGCAGCCUGGGAAAAAGACGGUGCUUAUCACGGGGUGCACUCCCGGCGGUAUCGGACAUGCUCUGGCCCUAGAGUAUCAUGCCAAAGGUCUUCAUGUCAUCGCCACGGCUCGUCGCCCCGAGGUCAUGAAGGACCUCGCCGAGGCGGGCAUGACCACCUUGCCGCUCGACGUGACCAACACCGAGAGCAUCGAGAAGUGCAAAAAGGCCGUCUCCGAGCUGACGGGCGGACGGCUCGACAUUUUGGUCAACAAUGCUGGUGGCUCAAUAGUGGUUCCCGCCACAGACAUGGACCUCGACGACGUGCGCCGGAUGUUUGAGGCCAACGUCUUUGGCGUCAUGGCCAUGGUCCAGGCGUUUACGCCGCUCCUCAUCGCCGCCAAGGGGCUCAUCAUCAUGAUCUCGUCCCUGUCGUCCGUCACGCCCUACGUCUUCGCCUCCGCCUACGGCGCCAGCAAGGCCGCGCUGAACGCGUACUCGAGAACGCUGCGGAUGGAGCUGCGUCCCUUUGGGGUUCGUGUCAUGGUUUCCAUGACGGGAACCGUGAGGUCUCUCAACAAGGACACCCAAGUCCAUAAACCUCUCCCUGCGGACAGUCUGUACCAGCGCAUCAGGGAUGUCUUUGAGUGGCGCCUCAACUACUCCCAGACUGACGGCACCGUCGACACGCGCAAGUUCGCCGGGCAGCUGGCGCGCAAGUCGCUGCAGCCCGAGUGGCCCAUCAUGCUGCGGGCCUGGUUCGGCCGACCGGACUGGUUCUGGGCUGGAGGUCUGGCUGGCCGCGUCUGGCUUGCCAGGACGCUGCUCGGGGAGUGGAUUAUUGAUGUUCAGUGUUGGAAAAAGUUCCAGCUGUGGAAGCUCGAGGCUAUGGUCAAGCAGGACGAGGCCAAGAAGCAAAAGUGAACAAGGGGACUUUGGAGGAACUCUGGGCAGCGAUGGAUUGUUAGCACCGGUCUCUAGCUUGUGGUUCUAUACUUUGUAUAACUGAUAUUGUCUUCUAUGUGUAGCUGCCUCGAGG